UUACAAGCUGUGUAUUUUGGGCAGAAAAACAGAUAUCGGUCUGCGAAUCGAUCCUGCGACAGUGAAGCUUGUCACAACCCCCACCUUCGGCCCAGAAGCUCGAACAACUGAACAAAAUCCAUACAAGGCUGUCAGCAAAGAAAUCUGGAGUCUGCACGGGCAGUAACUGGUGUAUACGGAACGAUGGCGGAUGGAGGUGGGCCCUCUCGCGCGGACGAGGCAGAAGAUGCGAAGGAGACAUCCCCCACCCUAUCCGGCGAGACACCAACAAACGCUGAAGGGACCUCUAAGCCCAUACACGAAGAGUCACCGUUACUGUCAGCAUCAGGAGACGCAGAAGAUGACGAUCUCAUUGUCGAUAAUGGCGGGCUGGAUGACGGCCAUGAUGACGACCAUGAUGACUACCACGAUACGAAGAGUUUAUGGUACAUGAUACUUCUGACGAUAAGUAUUGGGGGUUUACAACUGGCAUGGGCGGUGGAACUCUCGAAUGGGACGCCAUAUCUGUUAUCUCUGGGCUUGAGCAAGUCUCUCAUGGCUUUGGUUUGGAUAGCAGGACCUCUGUCCGGGGCUCUGGUACAACCCUAUGUAGGGAUUCUCAGUGAUAACUGCAGAUCACCAUGGGGGAAGCGGACUCCGUUUAUGAUUGCAGGUUCUGCUGCAACGAUCAUUUCUCUCCUUGCUCUUGCAUGGGCGCGAGAGAUUGUUGGUGGUUUCCUCUCAAUUUUUGGGGCGGAUAGAGCAUCACAAGGUGUCAAGGUUUCUAUUAUUGUGUUUGCGGUUUUGUGGGUAUAUAUUCUAGACUUUUCAAUCAACACUGUUCAAGCUGGCAUUAGAGCGUUCAUAUUAGACUGUGCUCCAAGUCAUCAACAAGAGGCUGCCAAUUCAAUGGCAAGUCGCAUCAUCGGUAUUGGCAAUAUCAUUGGAUAUCUUGCCGGCUUCCUCGAUCUUCCCAAAUACAUGUGGUUCUUUGGAAACACGCAAUUCAAGAUCCUCUGCGUGAUAGCUUGCCUUGCUCUGGGAAGCACGGUAGCCAUCAGCAUCAUGACAAUCAAAGAACGAGAUCCUCGCCUCGAGGCCGCAGCACCCAAAACAAAAGGCGGCAUCAUUGCUUUUUUCUCCACUGUCUUCCGCUCUAUCCGUCGGCUCCCUCCUCAAACUCGCAAAGUCUGCGAAGUCCAGUUCUUCGCCUGGAUUGGAUUCUUCCCUCAACUAUUCUACUCAACCUCAUACAUAGCCGACAUCUAUGUUCAACCUGCCCUCGAAACUAACCCCAACAUGAGCCCCGAGGAACUCGACCGACUCUACGAAAAGGCCACGCGAGUAGGUACUUUUGCCCUCCUAGUAUAUGCCAUCACCUCCCUGGCAACCAAUGUUCUCCUCCCCUUCUUCAUCGCUCCUACCUACGACGCACCGGCCUAUGAUUCCACCUCCUCAUUCCACUCAAACAGAUCCUACACAACCCGCUUCUCCCGCUUCCUCGACAUCCUCGUCAUCCCAGGCCUCACUCUCCGCCGAGCGUGGCUCGGCUCCCACCUAAUCUUCGCAAGUUGCAUGUUCAGCACUCUCAUCGUGCGCAGCGUUGCUGCAGCUACCGCUCUAAUUGGCAUAGUCGGAAUCUCAUGGGCUCUUACCCUCUGGGCCCCCUUCGCUAUCAUCUCUGCCGAAGUCAGCAAACGUGACGCCCUUCGCCGAGCACGGCAAUCCCAAUCCCGCUUCCAAAAUCGCACCGACGACCCGGAAUCCUCUCUCGAUGUCAAAGAGGACCAAGCGGGUGUUAUUCUUGGUAUCCACAAUAUGGCGAUCGCUGCACCGCAGAUCUUGGCCACGAUUGGGAGCAGCAUUAUCUUCAAAUUCCUCCAGAAACCGAGAGGUACGCCGGGAGAUCGGAGUAUUGCCGUCGUGCUGGCUGCAGGCGGUAUUAGUACGCUUGUGGCAGCGUGGUUGACGAGCCGGAUUAAAGAUGAGGUGGAGUUGCCUGGUGAGAUGGUCCCGACGGAGGAGCCGACGAGAGAGGAGAGGAGGAGUCUGAGUCGAGAGCGGGGCUUGGUGAGGAGCGGGAGUUAUGUCGGGUUGGAGUAUUGAGCUAUCCUUGAACCCGGAAAUCAAAGUACGAUUGACCGAGUGUGGCUCGCACGGUGAGAAUGGGGAGAAGAGAACGAAGACAGGCUGCAGAAACAAUAGCCAUUGGUCCGGGACGGGAGUGAAGCUUGUGCUUAUAG